UGGCCGCGGCGGAGCGGGACAUGGAGCCGCGGGCCGGCUGCCGGCUGCCGGCGCGCGUGGAGCAGGUCGUCAACGGGGCGCUGCUGGUCACCGCGAGCUGCGGCGGGCGCAGUUUCGCCGGGGUUCUGCUGGACUGCACCAAAAAGUCUGGGCUCUUCGGCCUGCCCCCAUGGACCCCUCCACCCCUGGCCGACAAGCCCCCUGCCAGCCUUUGCCAUGACCAGGCCCCUGAGGAGGGGCCCUGCCAGGGGCUGCAGCCAGGUACCAACCCCCCGCCUCACCCAGAGACCGCUGGCCCUGAGCCACCCCUGCCCCUGCCAUACUUUGAGGGCGCCCCGUUCCCUCACCCGCUGUGGCUACGGAGCUCCUACCAGCAGUGGGUGCCACAGCCCCCACCCCGAAGCAUCAAGCGCACGCGGCGGCGGCUGUCACGUGCCCGGGACCCCGGCAGGCUCAUCCUUAGCACCAUCCGAUUGCGGCCGCGCCAGGUCCUCUGUGGCAAGUGCAAGAGCACCGUGAGCCCCCCGCAGGCCAGUGCCAGCCCCCCGGCAGCCCCCCGCGCCCGCCGGAGGCUGGACCCCGAGGAGCCACAGGCGCUGAGGAGGAGCAAGAGGGAGCGACGCGAGGGGCCCAGGGCCUCCACAGGGCAGGUCCCCCGCAGCCCCGUCAUCAGGAUCUCCUACAGCACACCCCAGGGCAAGGGUGAGGUUGUCAAAAUCCCCUCGCGUGUGCAUGGCUCCCUGGAGCCCUUCUGCCCGCCAUGGGUACCCCGGGACGGUGGUGGUGGCGACAAGGACGGACCACCCAACAGACCCCUGGCUUCUCUGCCCAAGCUGAAGCUGACCCGGCCCAGCCCGGCCCUGCCACCCCCAAAGAUCCGGCUGAGGCCCCGCCAGGGGACUGGUGCGUGUGGACCGCUAUACCGGGCAGAGCUGGUAGAGGCACUGGGGGCCUCUGGGGACUGCUCUGGCCCCGGUCCCGGGCUGGGGGCCUUGUCCUCCCUGUCGCCCUCUCCGUCCCCAGUCAGCUCGGGUGAAGAGGAGGAUUGCCAGGGCCGCCCCCGCAAUGACCGGCGCCCUGGGGGGCUGGCCUUCCUGGUUGGCUGCCCGCCGGGCACCACGGACUGCAGCAGCGACAGCCUGGAUGAGGCCAAGUCGUCCAGCUCAGAGGGGACCUCGGCCGACAUCAGGGACAUCUCAUCGGGUGAUGGGGCCACCCACCCCACGGUCCCACCGCUGACAGUGAGACUGCACACACAGAGCGUGUCCAAAUGCGUCACGGACGACGGGAGGACAGUGGCUGUGGGGGACAUCGUGUGGGGCAAGAUCCAUGGCUUCCCCUGGUGGCCAGCACGGGUCCUGGACCUCAGCCUUGGCCGGAAGGCGGAUGGAGAGCCCUUCUGGCGCGAAGCCAAGGUCUCGUGGUUCGGGUCUCCGACGACGUCCCUCCUGUCUGUCUCCAAGCUCUCCCCCUUCUCUGAGUUCUUCAAACUGAGGUUCAACCGGAAGAAGAAGGGGAUGUACCGGAAAGCUAUCGCUGAGGCUGCCAGUGCGGCUGGGCAGCACAUGGCCCCUGAAAUACGGGAGCUGCUGACCCAGUUUGAGACGUAGCCCAGGCACACCAGGCCAGGUGAGUGUGGCCGAACUGGACCACGGGAGCGGCUGUGUCCCCAGUGGUUUGCAGCCACUUGUGCAGGUGCCCAGCUGCCCGGUGUCCGAGCCUCCCCCAGGAAGGUGGUUGGGGCCGUGGAGCAGGGAGAGCCUCUGUGCUGGGCUGCUCGUCCACCCCCAGCUUGUCACCUGCCAUGGCCAUGGUGACCUCCGGUGACCUUGCAACCCGGCUGCAGCUU